AUGUACUCUCUGCCUCCGCCCCCAACGCUCGAAAUGUUCAUGUCGUCGCGACCGGCUCCGAUAUCCUUGAACCGGCGAGCACCGCCUCCGAGGCCGGCUUGGGGUCAACCACAACAGCUCCCGAUGCCCUCUUCCGACUACCCAUCGUUGUUUCAGUCUGCACAGCGGACUCCAAAGCCCUUGAACCAGCAACGAUCGCUUUCGAGGCCGGCUUGGGGUCAACCAUGGCAACCUCCUAGGCCGGCCUGGGGUCAACCACAACAGCCCCCGAUGCCUACUUCGGACUAUCCAUCGUUGCAUCAGGCUACACAAACGACUCCGAAGUCUUUGAACCAGCAACCACCACCUUCGAAACCAGCUUGGGGUCAACAACGACAGCCUCCGAGGUCAACCUCAGCACCCGCCCAAGCCAGUUUGGGGCCAACCUCAAAAACCUCCGACGCCCUCUUCGGACUAUCCAUCGCUGCAGCAGUCUGCACAGCCUCCUCAAGCCGCCUCAAAUCCUCUGCCCCAGCCAACGCAACCAGCAGUGAUCACGAAUACUUCAGAUCUCAAGACGGCUUGGUUGUUGCAGGGCAAACUUCGCAUGAACAGCUUGUACCCGGAUCAAGCGGACUCAAAAACCGCAACCGCGCUUUGAAUGGAGGCAUCGUUGUCGUCCAACUGAAGUUGGUAGAAGUCGACAGAGAGAUGAUGGCGACUGGUGAGCCGCAAUUCGCCACUUCAAGCGCAGAUACCGACGAAGCCGUGCUGCAGUCGUUGUGGCUUCCAAGUGUGCAGGCCGAUCAGUGUUUCAUCAAGCCUGCUCGCAACGAAGAGGAAUUGAAACUAGCGAAACCGCGCUUGGCGUUCAUCAACGACACGGUCCGACGAAAGCUCCGUCGCCCAACCGCCUCUGUCGUCUUCUAG